GCGCCUCCUCCUCCUUCUCCAAACAUGGCGCCGGCCCGCAGCUGUGCUGCCUCCCCGUCAGACGACGCAGAGAGGGAGAGAAAGAGAGGAAGAAGCGGGUAGAAACUCUCCCCAAACUUUAGGAAAAAAACCUUCAUUUAAAACCAAGACUGCGUCGUGCUUUUUAAAGUACAUCGGAGACUUUACGCGCCGCUUUUGGAGACGUUUACGCGUCAGGCUGUGCGCGUAACGGAGAGCCCACCUGUCCGACGAAGGUAGAUUUCACUCCGUUUCUCGUAGGAUGUGAAUCUUCCUGAUUUUUUUGAAAUAACGGAGCAGAGCGAGCAGGCAGCCGGGGGACUCGGGGUCAGAGCUGGCUCUGGUUAAAACAUGUGCAGCCCUGUGAUCAACAGCAACACAGAGGCUGUAGAGGAGUGAGUCUUUCCAGGGGACGGGGACAAAACGCAAAACAACUUUUCCACUCUUCCACACUCAGAGGAUGGAUGGAGAACAUUCUGCGCUGUCAGGAGUUGAGAGGGAGAGAGAGAGGCUUCCACCAAUUUACAACAGCUCCCCUCCUGCUGGUUUUGGGAGAGGAGCGAAGCAGCCUUUUCCAUCUCUGGGCACCUUCAUCUCCACGCUCAGCCAGAGGAGGGACAUGGCUGGACGUGGACUGGCUGGUGGCAUCAUGGGCAACUUGACCUGUAACCCCGGACUCAGACACGGGAGAGAGCUGCCUCCGAUAUGCAGCGAUGUUCGUCAAAAGCAGCGGCUCUCCAUCGACACUCUUCCUCCAGAGGUCAAAGCUCCUUUCCCCUCUGACCCCAUCAUCCCCCUGCGCACCAAGACUACCAAGGAGUUUCAGGAGGACAUGGAGCGUGCCCUCCAAUCAGGAGACUGGAGGGAGGUCCGGGGGUUUUACCUGACAACCUUUGACUCGUUCAUAGAAAUCAACGCUGCCUUCAAGAGAGAGGCGAAUGGAUUGUUUAACACUAUAGAGGACUCAGGAGUCAACACCAAGUUUGUCAACGCUGUUUACGACGCACUGCUCAACACACCUCAGGACAUCCAGAAGUCAGUGCUGAAAGGGAUCAUUAACAGCCUGCUGAGGGAGUGGAAAGGGCCUCGGACAAAAGAUGAUCUGCGAGCUUACUUCAUUCUCGUUCAGAACCCACAGUACUCAAGCACCAGCACCUAUGUGAUCUAUGCUCACCUGCUCAGGCAGAUCGCAGCUUUGUCUGAGGCUGACCAUCACUUCCUGGUUCACUGGUUUAAAAAACUGUCUGCAAGGCGUUUCAGACAACUGGUAGAGCGCCUCCUGCAGUUCAUCUCCACUCGCCUGUUUCCAGCAGAACCAGAUGAACUUCCUCCUCUGUCCAAGUGCGCCUGGUGGAUUCCCUCCGCAACCAAAGUGCUCAGCCUCUUCAAUGCAGCCAACAGUGUCUCCUCCGCUCCAAUCAUGUCCUUCACUGACUUUUACAACAUUACUCUUGAACACAUAGAUUUUAUGGAAGAUUAUAGGACCUGGCAGAACUAUGGCAACUCAAAUAGGUUUUCUUUCUGUCAGUUUCCCUUCAUCCUCUCAACGGUGGUAAAGAAAGCCAUCAUCCAGAAAGACUCGGAGCAACAGAUGAUCAGUCAGGCCAGGCAAAGUCUGGUCAGUAAAGUUUCUCGCAGGCAGAGAGUGGACAUGAACCUUCUGUUUCUCAACAUUAAAGUACGACGAGCACAGCUUCUCAGCGACUCACUGGAUGAGCUGACGAGGAAGCGAUGCGAUCUGAAGAAGAAGCUGCGGGUGACUUUUGUCGGGGAGGCGGGGCUGGACAUGGGCGGCCUGACGAAGGAGUGGUUCCUGCUACUCGUCCGACAAAUCUUUCACACAGACUACGGGAUGUUUACCUACAUGAAGGACUCGCGCUGCCAUUGGUUCAGCAGUUGGAAGUGUGACAACUACUCUGAGUUCCAGUUGGUCGGGACUCUGAUGGGCUUAGCUGUUUACAACAGCAUCGCGCUGGACAUCCACUUCCCUCUCUACUGUUACAGGAAGCUUCUCACACCACCCACAGUACCAUGUGACCAAAAUGCCCUCGUUGGCAUGGCAAAUGCCACCCUGGACGACCUGCAGCAGAUCAUGCCGGAGCUGGCUCACGGUUUGGGAGAGCUGCUAAGCUAUGAGGGAAAUGUGGAAGAGGACUUCUACCUCACCUUCCAGGUGUUCCAGGAGGAGAUGGGCAUGGUCAAAUCCUACAACCUUAAGCCUGGAGGAGACAAAAUUCCCGUCACCAAGCAGAACAGGAAGGAAUAUGUCCAGCUCUAUGUCGACUUCCUGCUGAAUAAAUCCAUUUAUAAACAGUUUGCUGCGUUCUACCACGGCUUCCACAGUGUGUGCGCAUCGGACGCACUCAUGUUGCUGCGGCCUGAGGAGGUGGAGAUGUUGGUGUGCGGGAGUCCAGAGCUCGACAUGAGCGCCCUGCAGAAAGCUGCUCAGUACGAAGGAUACAGCAAGACCGACGCCACCGUACGAUGUUUCUGGGACGUGGUGUUGGCCUUCCCUCUGGAACUGCAAAAGAAGCUCCUCCACUUUGCCACAGGGAGCGACCGCGUUCCAGUCGGAGGAAUGGCCGACCUCAACUUCAAAAUCGCCAAGAUUGAUGUCCCGACCGACUGGCUGCCGAUCUCUCACACCUGUUUCAAUCAGAUCUGUUUGCCUCCGUAUCGAACCAGGAAGGAGCUCAAACAGAAACUGACCAUUGCCAUCUCCAAUGCUGAGGGCUUUGGCCUUGAGUGACUAAUCUGCACACACAAACUCCCACAUAUACACACAGACUGUUAGCAGUGCCAUCUGACACAUUUUCCGCAACGCAUCUGAGAUCAGAGAGGAAAUAAGUCUCUCGUUGUGAGUGAACACGUUGAGCAACUUUCUUAUGAAAAUGGAUUCAUCGAUGCUUCAAAUCUGCGGUGCACGAGACGGAAGCUUUGCCAGGAAAACAGCUGCAGAGAAACUCCAGAAAUCCUCUAGUUUGUGUGUGGACUCAACAACACCAACAACACAAACUCUUUAAGCACUUUAGAUUACUGCAUGCUUACCCACCACAGAAUACAGUGAAGGAGGCGUCUGUUCAAACCUAAAUUCAUCACAACAGUCCCAAACAUUCAGCCAGAUUCAUAAAGAACAAACUUUAGACAGUGAGAGAACAAAGAGUCCUGGGUGAUGAUGGCUAAUGUCAACACCACAGAGUCAGUCUGGGAUUACACGAAGGGCCGAGAUGCUUGGAACAGCUGACCUGCCGAGUGGCUGGAUAAAUGGACGCAGAAAGAACUGGUUAUGUUUUAAAUACAGAUACUGAUCUCUGUGACAAUAAGAACAGCUUUUAUUUACAGAGCAGCAGAAUGAAAAUUCAAACAAAAGGCAGGGCAAAAGAAAGUGCAGAAGAAACUGUCCUGCAGAAAAUCACAAAGCGCAAUAAAUACAGGUGAACAUAACAGAAAAAAUACACUAGUAAAGAAAUGACACAGAAACUACUGACAAAAACAAUAAUGAUGAUAAAAGGCCAAUAAAAAAACAGGAUGAAAUGGGCAAAGUCACAUAAAAGCAAGUCGCUGGAGCAUUCAAGGUGGUUCUAAAGCUCAGGGGUCCUAAUGGCUAAUGUUUGGUCACCUUUAGGUUUGACCCAGAAGAUGUAAGGCUGUGUGUGCUGGAGCCCCUGAAAGGGAUGGUGUGGUUAAACUAGUCCCAUGUUUCUGCCAGCAGGCUCCACAUUAGCUAAAGCCACAUGAGCAAAAACACUGGUUCGCCCUUUGGUAGCUAGGAUAGGCUCCAGCCACAUACACCCCCCGGGAUCCUGAAUUGGAUCAGCAGAAGAGAAUGGAUGGAUGGAUGUGCCAUCACAGAUGGUCUCAAACUGCAGUUAAGGUGUUGAGGUUUCAGGGAUGGGUAUACCUGUGCAGGGCAGUGGAAAGGGGUGCUGGGAGCUUGGUAUAUUUGCCAAGGGGAAAGCUGUAACUAGAGGAUAAGAUGGAGUAAUCUUAUCCAUCCUUAUGCCUUAGGACAGGCAAUGACAGCUGUAGAUCUAUAAGUACAAUCAUUUUGCAUUGUUUCAGAACUUUUACACAAUCCUGUAGAUACCAUACAAAACGAAAUAGAACUAUCUUGAAAAGUUAUGAUUUAUACAGAAUUUCAGAUAUUUGUAGGUCCGUGCCACUGAAACCCGGUUAUAUUUGUUCCCUUAAACCUUAUAUAACUAAAAAGUAAAUGUCUCUUAAAGGUUGCUGCUUUCUUCGGGUAAAUAUUCAAAUCGAGUAAUUUUUAACCAAUGACCCACUGUUUGCCCACCACUGAACAUUUACUUUGGAGAGGCUCUGGCCUAACGGGAAGUUCACUGAGGAUUUGUUUGGCAGUGUCACACUCCUGAGUAUUCAUCGUUUAAACAUUUUCAUUUAAAUCAGUUAAAAGUAGAAAGUGGAGGCGAAUGUUUCAGACAGAAACACCUCCGGAGGGGAGAUUGGUGUCAGUCCUGACUUCUGUCACUUCUUUUUUGAUGAAGGCAUUUGAAACAUGUUGCAUGUGGUUUUGUUUGGUUUGCACUGUCAGGACUGAAAGCUUUGCUGGAUGAAGAGUGCUACCGUGAGAUGUACGUCGAUCGUCUUGUGAACAGUGUUUUGCUUGUUUUUUUGACAUUGCCGCCUGUUUUAUGGAACAAAGGCUGCAGCAGUUCUUUGAAAUGUUUUGAUAUGAUGACGCAGUUAAAGCUGAGCUGUUGAUUAAUAUUUGUUUUCUUUUUUAAUUUUGGUUUUACUUUUUUGGUUUUCAUGAAUGACGGCUGCCCUCGGGCUGAGAGCCGGCCUGUAGCCGAGGGCUGACAGAUUUUAUCACAAUAUCAUCGUUGUGCCCGAGAGAAACAACUCGAGUUAAGCACCUCUGUCUGGCAUGCACUGCUCGCUACUUUCCUUAUUGGACUUAUCUCGGACACUUAUUUAAAUUGAUUAAAAAAAUCAUUUCUUACCACCAGCAUCAUAAACGUUUCAAAAAGUUGGAACUUUACGACUCGCUAUUGUUGUUUCCACAUCCAACAGAAA